UAGGGCAACACCUAGAAAAAAAAACAGGGAGUCGGAGGAGGGGAGUGUGGAGUUGACGAGGAUUUUAGCCCAUAAUAUGGGCAAAUUUUAACACUAAAACAUUUGUCUGCGUCUUUAUUUUGUAACACUACAUUAAGAGUUUUUCGAUCCGUUUGGAUUCGUGAAGCACAUUAGCUAAAUUGUCAGCAUGUCGCGGGGUGUGUUACAACCAAGCCAGCAAAAGCUGGCGGAGAAAUUGACCAUUUUAAACGACAGGGGCAUCGGGAUGCUCACCCGCAUCUACAAUAUCAAAAAGCAAGGACAAGUUUGGAAGGCAUGCGGGGACCCCAAAGCAAAGCCCUCGUACCUGAUCGACAAAAACCUGGAGUCCGCGGUCAAGUUCAUCGUCCGAAAGUUCCCGGCCGUCGAGACACGUAACAACAACCAACAGCUUGCACAACUACAAAAAGAAAAGUCUGAAAUACUAAAGAAUCUAGCUUUGUACUACUUCACAUUUGUGGAUGUUAUGGAAUUUAAGGACCAUGUUUGUGAACUGCUGAACACUAUUGACGUUUGCCAAGUUUUCUUUGACAUUACUGUAAAUUUUGAUCUCACAAAGAACUACCUUGACUUAGUCGUGACCUACACUACAUUAAUGAUACUGCUAUCCCGAAUCGAGGAACGCAAAGCAAUCAUUGGCCUUUACAACUACGCACAUGAAAUGACACAUGGCUCAAGUGACAGAGAAUACCCCAGGCUUGGACAGAUGAUUGUGGACUAUGAAAACCCAUUUAAGAAGAUGAUGGAGGAGUUUGUCCCUCAUGGAAAGUCCUUGUCGGACGCCCUGAUCUCCCUGCAGAUGGUGUACCCUCGGCGCAACCUGUCCGCUGACCAGUGGAGGAACGCCCAGCUGCUGAGCCUCAUCAGCGCCCCCAGCACUAUGCUCAACCCCGCACAGUCAGACACGAUGCCCUGUGAAUACCUGUCCUUGGACGCCAUGGAGAAGUGGAUUGUGUUCGGGUUCCUGCUGUGCCACGGUACCCUAAACAGUGACCCAGCGGCGCUGAGCCUGUGGAAGCUGGCCCUGCAGAGCAGCUCGUGCCUCUGCCUCUUCAGAGACGAGGUCUUUCAUAUCCACAAGGCCGCCGAGGACCUCUUCGUCAACCUCCGCGGCUACAACAAACGUGUCAAUGACAUACGAGAGUGCAAAGAAUCGGCCCUUUCUCACGCGGGCUCCAUGCACCGAGAGCGCCGUAAGUUCCUGCGGUCCGCCCUCAAGGAGCUGGCUACGGUGUUGGCCGAUCAGCCCGGCCUGCUGGGCCCAAAGGCGCUGUUUGUUUUCAUGGCCCUGUCCUUUGCCCGAGAUGAGAUCAUAUGGCUGCUCAGGCACGCAGACAACAUCCAGAAGAAGAGCACAGAUGAUUUUAUCGAUAAGCACAUUGCAGAGUUGAUCUUUUAUAUGGAGGAGCUGAGGGCCCACGUGCGAAAGUACGGCCCAGUCAUGCAGAGGUACUACGUGCAGUACCUGUCUGGGUUCGACGCUGUGGUCCUGAACGAGCUGGUGCAGAACCUGUCUGUCUGCCCUGAGGAUGAGUCCAUCAUCAUGUCCUCCUUUGUGAACACCAUGACUUCUCUCAGUGUGAAGCAAGUGGAGGACGGAGAGGUGUUUGAUUUCAGGGGCAUGAGGCUGGACUGGUUCAGAUUGCAGGCCUACACCAGCGUGUCCAAGGCCUCGCUGGGCCUCGCUGACCACCGGGAGCUGGGAAAGAUGCUCAACACCAUCAUCUUCCACACCAAGAUGGUGGACUCGCUGGUGGAGAUGCUGGUGGAAACCUCGGAUCUCUCCAUCUUCUGCUUUUACAGUCGCGCAUUUGAGAAGAUGUUCCAGCAGUGCUUGGAGUUGCCGUCGCAGUCGCGUUACUCCAUCUCCUUCCCCCUGCUCUGUACGCACUUCAUGAGCUGCACCCACGAGCUGUGCCCAGAGGAGCGUCACCACAUUGGCGACCGCAGCCUGUCCCUGUGCAACAUGUUCCUGGACGAGAUGGCCAAGCAAGCACGCAACCUCAUCACAGACAUCUGCACGGAGCAGUGCACACUCAGUGACCAGCUCCUGCCAAAACACUGUGCCAAAACCAUCAGUCAGGCCGUGAACAAGAAGUCCAAAAAGCAGACGGGGAAGAAAGGCGAGCCGGAGCGCGAGAAGCCAGGCGUGGAAAGCAUGAGGAAGAACCGGCUCCUGGUCACCAACUUGGACAAGCUGCACACUGCCCUGUCAGAGCUGUGCUUCUCCAUCAACUACGUGCCCAACAUGGUGGUGUGGGAGCACACGUUCACCCCGCGGGAGUACCUCACCUCCCACCUGGAGAUCCGCUUCACCAAGUCUAUCGUCGGCAUGACCAUGUACAACCAGGCCACGCAGGAGAUCGCCAAGCCCUCAGAGCUGCUGACCAGCGUGCGUGCCUACAUGACGGUGCUCCAAUCGGUGGAGAACUACGUGCAGAUCGACAUCACACGCGUCUUCAACAACGUGCUCCUACAGCAGACCCAGCACCUGGACAGCCACGGAGAGCCCACCAUUACCAGCCUCUACACCAACUGGUAUCUGGAAACACUACUGCGACAAGUCAGCAAUGGACACAUAGCCUACUUCCCAGCAAUGAAGGCCUUUGUCAACCUCCCUACAGAAAAUGAACUGACCUUCAAUGCAGAGGAGUACUCUGAUAUAUCUGAGAUGCGGUCACUGUCGGAGCUGCUGGGGCCGUACGGGAUGAAGUUUCUCAGCGAGAGCCUCAUGUGGCACAUCUCCUCCCAGGUGGCAGAGCUCAAGAAACUGGUGGUGGAGAACGUGGAGGUGCUGACCCAGAUGAGGACCAGCUUUGACAAGCCGGAGCAGAUGGCUGCCCUGUUCAAGAAGCUUACAUCGGUCGACAGCGUCCUGAAACGAAUGACCAUCAUUGGAGUCAUCCUCUCAUUCCGCUCACUAGCACAGGAGGCUCUCCGAGACGUGCUGUCCUGUCACAUUCCUUUCCUGGUGAGCUCAGUAGAAGACUUCAAGGACCACAUUCCCCGAGAGACGGACAUGAAGGUGGCCAUGAACGUGUACGAGCUCUCGUCCGCAGCAGGCUUGCCCUGUGAGAUUGACCCCGCACUGGUGGUGGCGCUCUCCUCUCAGAAAUCGGAGAACAUAAGUCCAGAGGAGGAGUACAAGAUCGCCUGCCUGCUCAUGGUGUUCGUGGCCGUCUCCCUGCCGACCCUGGCCAGCAAUGUCAUGUCCCAGUACAGCCCUGCCAUCGAAGGUCACUGCAACAACAUUCACUGUCUGGCUAAGGCCAUCAACCAAAUAGCUGCCGCCCUCUUCACCAUUCACAAGGGGAGCAUUGAGGACCGACUCAAAGAAUUCCUUGCUUUGGCCUCCUCCAGCCUGUUGAAGAUCGGCCAAGAGACCGAUAAGACCACGACGAGGAACAGGGAAUCGGUGUACUUGCUCCUUGAUAUGAUUGUGCAAGAAUCUCCAUUCCUGACCAUGGAUCUGCUGGAAUCAUGCUUCCCUUACGUCCUGCUUCGAAACGCAUACCACGCUGUCUAUAAGCAGUCAGUGUCUGCCUCUGCAUAAGACCCCC